AUGGCGCGCUCCACCCGGUCCGACGACCGAUCGUCACGGUCGCCCUCCGGGUCACCAGGGCCAGCGAAUCGCAAGACCCGACUGACCGAGGCCGAGAAGAGGGCGAAUCAUCUCGCGUCAGAGAAGAAACGACGUGCGUUGAUCCGGGCUGGAUUUGACCGGCUCUCCGUUAUUGUACCCGGCCUAGAAGGACGGGCACGGUCGGAAGGGAUCGUGCUCCGCGGGACUAUUGAUCACAUCCGGAAAUUGAUGAUUGAACGGCGACGGAUGGUGGAAGCACUAGAGGCGAAUGGGGUCGCUGUAGAUGCGGAACUGAAGGCGUGA